GGGAAAGUGUCCAGACUGGAAGGGGGGGAAAGUGUCUGGAUUGGAAGGGGGGUGAAAGUGUCCGGACUGGAAGGGGGGGGGGUAAAGGUGUCCGGACUGGAAGAGGGAGAAAGUGUCCGGACUGGAAGGGGAGGGGAAAUCCUGGAGAUGAUCAUGGAAGGAGGAGACAAGAGAUCUAGAGAGAAGAAGGUCUUGGGAGGAGCGGAAAGGAUGGUUUGGGUGAUAUAUUGAGACAAGAUUUAUGAAGUAGCUCAGGGUGGAGGCCAGUGGAGGGAUCGGCAGAGAGGGGUGGAGGACACUAAAUGGAGGCCAGUGGAGGGAUCGGCAGAGAGGGGUGGAGGACACUAAAUGGAGGCCAGUGGAGGGAUUGGCAGAGAGGGGUGGAGGACACUGAGUUGGAGGUCAGUGGAGGGAUUGACAGAGGGGGGUGGAGGACACUGAAUGGAGACUAGUGGAGGGAUUGGCAGAGAGGGGUGGAGGACACUGAAUGGAGACUAGUGGAGGGAUUGGCAGAGAGGGGUGGAGGACACUGAAUGGAGACUAGUGG